CAAGCUAGCUAGCCAGUGCGUGUGUGUCCCUUCUUUUUUUAACAAAGAUCAUGGCAUUAAUUCCUAGUACCAUUUUUGUUGGUCACUAUGAUCCUUUCUGCCACGAUGUUUGGGACCCAUUUCAGGAAUUCCACUAUGGAUUUCCAAGAGAAGCAACCUCCUUCACCAACUCCAUGAUUGAUUGGAAGGAGACCUCAGAUGGGCACGCAUAUGUACUCAAGGAAGAUCUUCCGGGCUUCAGGAGAGAAGAAAUAAAGGUGGAUGUAGAGGAGGGUAAGGUUCUUCGCAUUAGGGGGGAGAAAAAUGUGGAGAGAGAAGAGAAGAGGGACCAUUGGCACCGCAUCGAAAGGAGCAGCGGCAAGUUCAUCAGGCGUUUGAGUUUGCCUGAGAAUGCCAAGGCUGACAAGAUGAAGGUGUUCAUGGAAAAUGGAGAGCUCACUGUCACGGUUCCUAAGGAGAAGGUUAAUUGCUACCCUCAUGCAACCAGAGCCGUUCAAAUUUCUGGGCACUAA